CCCUUGGUCCAAUUUCCCCCAAAUCGGGAGAAAAAAAAAUCAAGAAUGAAUCACAUCGAUGCAGCAGAGGAACGAAUUGUUACAGAGAAGUUGAGGCAAAAGCUCAACGACGUUAAUUCUGCUGCUCAAUCUCAGCUCGCUGUUGUUCAGGAUCAUGUCAAUUUCACUCUCCAGAAAGCGUACUUUAAAUGUGCGUACGAGUGUUUUGAUAGGAGGAGGAAGCAGGACGAUAUAAGCAUGUGUGUUGAGAACUGCAGCAUUCCUGUUCUUCAAGCUCAAAAUCUGGUUGAAGGAGAGCUGGCCAAGUUUCAGGAACGAUUGAAUCGAUCACUUAUGGUAUGUCAAGACAAAUUUGAGUCUGCAAAACUCCAAAAGAUUAGGACGGAUGCGACAAAGGAUAUGGAAUCAUGCGUUAACCAGUCGAUUGAAGAAAACGUCAAGGCGUUGCCGCAUCUGGUUGCAAAGUUGAAGGCUUCCCUCUCCAUCAAUCCUAUUACAGAGGAAUAAAAUCUGCAUCUUCUUGUAAUAAUCAUGGCUAGGAAUUAAGACAUUCAUUAAACAUACAUUUGAUUCAUAACGUGUUUGUUUUAUAUGUAUUUGGUUCACAAUGUGAAACUUUUUUACAUGUACUUUUUGUCUCACAAACACGAAAAAAGUUCACAUUAUGAAAGAAAUACAUGUGAAAAAACACGUUAUGAAUCAAAUAUAUGUUAAAUAAAACCUUUAAUCGUAGCACUGGAAGAACCUUUGACUAAACAAGAAACCUCUGUUUCACAGUGGAGAUUCUUGUGAAAAUCCCAUCAUUCAUUAUGGAUGCUUGAAACUUGAUGACUAAGAAGUUGUUUGUUUACCUC